GUGUUCCGAUUGGAGCGCUCGAACGCCUCUUCAGUGCUCGUCAUCGCGAACGUGACGUCUCCCGCGCUGUACGACAACUACACGUGUUUCGCCAACAACUCGUUAGGCGCCGCCCACUCCACCGUCCACGUGACCGGCCGUCCGUCGCGCCCCGCCUUCACGAGCGCGCCGCUCAGUGGCCGCGACUCGGGAUAUCUCCUCGAAUGGCGUCUCGAAUCUCAGUCUCCAAUCACUGCCUAUGAUCUCCGCUUCCGACGCGUGGACGCCGGCGACUCGGAGCGCUGGCAACACGUGCGCGUGGAGCCGUCGGCGCCGGCCAACGAGAGUCCGUUGCGCAGCGACCGCUUCGUUCUCGAGAAUCUCGCGAAAGACGGCAACUAUGAAGUGGUUCUCGAGGCGCAGAACGCCUUCGGCUCCACUCUCUCCGAAGUCUUCUCAUUCGUGACGUCAGACGCGUCUUCCGUCGUCUCUUGCGUCGCCUUCUGGACGACGUGUGUGUUUGCUUCGGCGCUCGUGUGGCGGCGCUGA